GCUCGGGAUAUAAAAGACGGCGUGAAUAGCAAACAAAAUAUCAGUUGCAUCUCUCCCAUCUUCUACUAACAAACAACAAUGCAUCAGUUUGCCGUCGUCGUCAUUUUCGCUGUUGCGGCUUUCGCUGCCGAACUUCCGUACCCGAAACCACCUGCUGCUGGUUACCCUGCACCCAGUUACGAAGCUAAGGAGCCGUUGAUGCCCUACAAUUUCGGCUACGCCGUCAAGGAUGAGCCGACCUACAACAACUUUGCCCAUCAAGAGACGGCCGACACCAAAGCCGUGACGGGAUCUUACCGGGUCUCUCUGCCCGAUGGCCGCACCCAAAUCGUCUCCUACAAGGCCGACGAAUACGGCUACGUCGCCGACGUCAAAUACGAGGGAGAAGCCAAAUACCCCGACAACAAACCCGCCUACAAACCAGCACCACCCCAGCAAAACUACAAACCCUGAAUAUUAGAGUCAUUCCAACUAAUUCAUAACUACACAACACACCACCCCAUACAUACAUCCUAUAUUUGUUUCCAAGUGAAAGACGAGAACUGGUUCUUGCCACUCCUAGAACAAGAAACUCAGUAGGUCUAAACACAUUAUAUCGAUUGAUGAAUCAUCAAUAAACAAAUCAUUUGUUCAAACCAA